CUCAGGUUUAUGCCUCAAACCCGGUUGCUGGAAAGUUCUGGGUAACCUUAGUCUACGAACAUUUCCGCUAUUCUGCUACCAUUUUGGUAGACUAGGGCACACUUCUGCCAAUUGUAGUUAUCCGGCUCCUAUGGGUGAAGAACACUUCGGGCCGGAGAUGACAACAGAUGAAUCAGGGCAUCAUCUGAAUGAGGCCACACUAGCUUCAACUCAUGGCUUGGGGAUCCCUCACUCGGUGCGGAUCAACCCGGAUACUCAUGGAGGAAAGAAUGGAGCGUGGUGGGGAUAAGAGGCAGAUGGUAGAAGAAGAGCGAGGGAAUGUGGCGGGGCCGAGGCGCAUUGUGCUGGCGCUUCUUGUUGCAUCUUCUCAACGACGACAGGGUUCUGCUGUUGAAUUGAUGAAGUCGGGGGAAGAAGCUGGGAAGCGGAUGCUAGGGUCUGUUGGGAAUACUGAUGAUCGCAAGCAGGCACAACGUGAUCACGGAAAUAAGGCUGUUGUGCGGAGUAAAGAGUCUGGUGCCACGAGAGGUGUUCAUGAUGAUUGAUUAGCAAGGGGCUUGGCUGGUGCUGGUGCUAGCGUGGAGAAGGAGAGUGAGAGAAGGCUAGUGAUCUGUUCGACACAGGGUCUGUGGAAGGAAAGAAAGGCAGGCAGAGGGGAGGGAGCUCGAAGCAAGCUGCAGGUGAUGAACAUAAGGGUUUGACGGUUAAAGAACUGGUUUCAAAGCUGGAAGAGCAGAACAAAAUGGAGAUGGAGGUCCAGGUCAAGGCGGCAUCUAUGGGGGUUAAGUCGAUGGGGUUUGAAACCUGCGGAGAUGUUCGAGUCCAUGGGAGAGAAUCCCGCAUUAAUGAAGAAAAGAUGUCUGC